CUCCCAACGUGUCAUAAACAGCGAAAUCCUGAUGGUGCCAGAGGAAAUAUCUGAAAAUAACUAUUUAAAAUCGAUGAAACGGUGAAACAUUGGCAGCGUACUCGGGUUUUAAAGAGCGGAGGGAUAAUGGAGCAGAAUAUUCAGAAUCUUCCCAUCGACAUACAGAUCAGCAAACUUUUAGACUGGCUGCUGGAUCGACGUCACUGUAACAUAAAAUGGCAAAGCGCCAUUAAAACGGUCAGAGAGAAGAUCAACGCGGCCAUUCAGGACAUGCCAGAAAACGAGGAGAUCAAGCAGCUUCUCUCCGGCUCCUACAUUCACUACUUUCACUGCCUGCGGAUUGUGGAGGUUCUGAAAAGAACCGAGGCGUCAUCCAAGAACAUCUUCGGCAGAUAUUCUUCUCAGAGAAUGAAGGACUGGCAGGAGAUCGUGUCGCUCUAUGAAGCAGAUAACGUGUAUUUGGCGGAGGUGGCCAGCUUGCUGACUCGUAACGUGAGCUACGAAGGUCCGGCUCUGAGGAAGCAGCUCGCCAAAGCUCAGCAGCUGCAGCAGGAGCUCAGCAGGCGGGAGGUGGAGUGUCAGCGUUCAGCCUCAGAGCUGAGGGAGCGCUACUACGCCGCCUGCAAACAGUACGGGAUCACCGGGGACAAUGUUCCACGAGAGCUUCAGGCUCUGGUGAAGGAGUUACCGGACGUCCUGGAGAAGGUCGGGAAGGACGCAGCUCAGUUGGAGGAGCACAUUCAGCUUUACGCUGCUUUCACAAACUUCGUGUGCGACUGGUCUGAACCAGUCCUGCCGAUGCUGACUUGUGCCCAGAAGAAGGGGAACGUAACGUUCUAUGAGUGGAGAACGGGGAACGUCCCAGCGGUGGUCGAACGCCCGGCGGUGGAGGAUGCUCCUCCGGAAGCUGGGACUGAAAACACGAUCGACUGGGGGGACUUGGGGACGGGAGCAGACGAUCUGGGUGUGAGCGCAGUUGGGGAUGGGGUGGACUGGGGCAUCAGUCUGGAACCAACAUCUGGGGACACUGGUGCGGGCGGCAUCGACUGGGGCGACAGUGAAGCCACUCCAGUUGAGAUCGAAAUUGUAGACGCGGGCACCGGAUGUCCUGAGGGCGUUGCGAGGGGGGAGGACGCUCUGAGUUUACUGGAAAACUCUCAGUCACGCAGCCAGUUCAUCGAUGAGCUCAUGGAGCUGGAGGUGUUCCUCACCCAGCGCAUCAGAGAGAUGAGAGAGGAGGGGGACGUGGUGUCCAUGAGCCAGUUCCAGCUGGCCCCCUCUGUCAUCCAGAAGCAAACCCAGGAACACGUCAGGGACAUGCUGUCCCAGGUGCAGGACCUUCUGGGCCGGCUCACCUCCCUCCGGAUGCAGCACCUGUUCAUGAUCCAGGCCUCACCGAGGUAUGUGGAGCGCGUGUCGGAGAUGCUGAGGCAGAAGCUGAAGCAGGCUGAAGUUCUGGUGCUGAAAGCUGCGUCGAUGGCCGAGAGGAGGCAGGACACGUUACAGGAGCAGUCCAUGCUGGAGCCUCGUGUCGGCCUGCUGGCAGGACGCACCCGGGAACUCCAGAAACUGAUCGAAGCAGACAUUUCAAAGCGAUACCACAGCAGACCAGUCAACUUGAUGGGGGUUAAUAUUUAGAGGACUCGGCGGAUGUCCACAGAAAUAUUUUGUCAUAAUCAA